AUGGAGCAAGCAAUAUGUCUAAGUGGCCUUAAAACUUUGAUUCAAAAAGAAAGUAGAUUAGCUCAUUCUAUUCAUUGUUUUGCUCAUCAACUUCAACUGACCCUUGUUGCAGUCUGUAAAAAAUGUCUUGAAGUGGGAGAACUUGUGUUAUUGGUUUCUAACGUAUUAAAUGUAGUGGGGGGUUCUUUUAAGCGUAUGGAUGAUCUUCGACAAUCUCAAGCAGAAAAACUUCAAGAGGCAUUAGAUAUGGGAGAAAUUGAUACUGGCAAGGGCUUAAAUCAAGAACUUGGUCUAGCUAGAGCUGUUGAUACUCGUUGGGGGUCGCACUAUAAAUCUUUUAAGAACUUUAUUAAUAUGUUUGGCUCUAUUAUUGAUGUUCUAGAUACUAUCGUUGUUGAUGCUCGAUCUUUAGAAGAAAGAGCUAAGGCAACAGGAUAUCUUAGAAAAUGUCAAACAUUUGAGGUUGCUUUCAUGUUACACUUAAUGAGAGAUGUUUUGGUAAUCACAAAUGAGCUUAAUGCAUUGUUACAGAAGAAAGAACAGGAUAUUGCAAAUGCUGUUCUACUUGUUGAUGUGGCAAGGAAACGAUUGCAAAGGCUAAGGGAUGAAGGAUGA